AUGCCACGAAACAGAGCCGCUAAAAACGCGCGUUUUUUUCCCCUCUCCUGCCUUUUUUCUCUCCUUCAUUCCUUACGUGCUCGUUAUGCUCAUCCAACCGGCAGAAAAAGGAGGCAACCGCAAACGCCACUUGAUGGUUGGCAGUUUCUCAGCAAACGUUACUUUCUUGGCAGUUUUCUGAGGGCUUCGCUCAAAUUCAUCCCAAGUCUGAGACGCUUCCAAGCCGUCGAUUCCCCUAGGCCAGCAAUUUGGAAGGAUUGGAACCAGCGGCUAGAGAAGCGCCUCAAAGUCCGUCUCUCGCAGAAACAUUCGACGUCCAUAAUUAGUCUAAAAACAGUCACAAUUAGUCUUUGUUGA